AUGGAUGAGAUGCAAGGGACAUACAGUGAGGAUGAACACGUUGUGGAACAGAUCCAGCCCGACAAUGAGCAAGAGUUGCCUCAGGUACCUCACCAGGAGGAGGAUGCUCCAGAACCCCACCUGAGACAGUCGAGCAGAGUGUUGUGUGAAAGUGAGCCAACACAUGCUGGGCCAGACAGAGUGGGGGACUCACAUGGACAACAUAAAGCGCUCUUCCUGACGUCGCGCUGGGCCCUCCAGUUGGUCAACGACUCGCUGUCGUUCCUCCGGGCCGAGAGCUUCUGCAGGAGCCGCUUCAGCUCCCUGGUGACCCUGGACCGAUCGGAGGACCAGGAGGAAGCCCUGGAGCUGCUCCGGCAGGCUGGACUUCGCUCUCCGGUCUGGGUCAGGGAUCACAGCCGAGGAGCUGCUCAGCCCGUGGCUCUCUCCAAGCAGUAUCUGCAGUUCUCAGCACUAAACUUCCCCAGAGAGUCACAGGAAGGCUUUGCUAAUGUCAACGUGUCCUUCCCCGCCAUGUCGGCCAUAAGCGUGUGUGUUCGAGUCCAGUGGGACCCCCAGUGGAACGAGGUGUCCACCAUCUUCUCCUACGCCGCGCCCGUCUUCACCAACGAGUUCCAGCUGCGGGGCCAGGUGGACGUUCAGGGCCGUAUCCUGCUUGCUCUCAUCAUCCACGGGAAACACCUGCCCUACAAGGCGUGGUUCCCCAACGACGGAGCGUGGCACCACAUCUGCGUCACGUGGCGCCGGAGCGACAGCCUCUGGGCUAUCUAUGUGGACGGAGACAGGAGAGACACGAGCUCCAACACGGACACCUCCAGGGACGUCUAUGGGGACGGGAUCCUCAUCCUCGGCCAGGACCAGGACUCUUUCGGAGGGAAUUUUACCGAACCUUUCAGUGGGAAUAUCACUGACCUGAAUGUUUGGAACACGUCUUUGGAAGAAAGACAUGUCCGUGCCCUCAAUGCAUGUUCAGCCCUGACCCAGGAAAGACUUUUCAGUUGGAGUCUCGAUCUCCUCAGCAGUCACCCUGUGGUCCGACAGGUGCAGACUCUUCUGUUCUGUCCAGCAGCACACCAGCAGAUGGAGCUGCAGGGCUGCAGGACGCUGCAGGGCUUCUCCGAUCAGCUUCCCCCGCUGGACCUGAAGGACUGCUCCGAUCUGCUGCCGUUCGUCUGCAGGAGCAGCAGAGAACGCUACCUGAAGAUGAAGCAGCUGAAUGAAUCUCAGAGCUCUCAGCCGUCUGCAUUCAUGAACCAACUGAUGAAGCUCUCCAACAGGAGCCAGAUGGUGCUGGGCCCGCAGCCGGCGGAGCUGGGCAGCCUGUCCCAGGCCAGCGCCCUGCUGGACGCCUCUGCCCAGGCCCUGGAGGACACCCAGCAGGACGGGCUGCAGCCCGUCGACAUGCUGGCCCUCAUCCAGCUGCUGUCUCUGGCCGCCGACGUCCCCUCACAGCCCCGCGUCAACCAGAGCCGGCGGGACGACGACGCCCAGGAGCUGAGCGUGAACUUCAUCAGCGUGGCCGACAGCGUCAUCAGCCAGGACAACGCCCUCAAGUGGCAGGCCAUCAAAGAGGUGGUCAACGGCCCCAUGGACGUGGUGAAGAGCAUCGACCGGAUGGUGACCAGCCUGAGCCCCCGGCUGAUGGCGGAGACCAGCCAUCUGACCAUCCACAGCCCCAACAUCAAGGUGGAAGUGCAGCAGCAGAAGCUGCAGGAAGCGUCCGGAGGAACCAGCUUCUGCGGGCCCGAGACGGAGGACGGCGCCAGCCAGGACUGCAUCUCCGUUCCUCAGCAGCGGAUUCAGGAUCUCCAUAACAACGGUUUCCACAGCCUGACGCUGGUCAACACGUGGUACGGCUCCCUGCGGCCCCUCUUCAACCCCACCGAGAACAUCAGCAUGGUGCCCACCGUCACCGACGGAGGCCAGAGAUACCUGGGCACGGUCCUGGGUUCGUCUGUGAUCUCCACCACGGUGCUGGGAGACGACCAGCCGGUCAGCAUGGCGGUCCACUUCCAGCUGCAGCACAGAAUCCAGAGUCCACUCGGUACUGUGUACGAUCCAAUCUGCGCCUUCUGGGAUUUUGAUCUCAGUCCCGAGGCGGGCGGCUGGUGGAGCACCAAAGGCUGCGAGGUGGUGUCCAAGCAGUACGCACACACCGUGUGUCACUGCAACCACACCACCAACUUCGCUUUGCUGCUGCAGGUGUAUGAAGCUCAGAGGAGCCCGGAGAACGAAAAAGCUCUGCAGGUGCUGACGUUUAUUGGCUGUGGAGUGUCUCUGUGUGGCCUCCUCUUCACCUUCAUCCUCUUCAUCGCCGUGGGCGUACCUAAAUCAGACCGUACCACCGUCCAUAAGAACCUGAUAGUCGCUCUGGGCGUCGCCGAGCUGCUGUUGAUGUGCAGUGACUGGGCAUCGGGAAACGAGGUGGCGUGCUUCCUGGUCACCGCCCUGCUCCACCUCUUCUUCAUGGCCUCCUUCUCCUGGAUGCUGGUGGAGGGCCUGCUGCUGUGGAGCAAAGUGGUUUCAGUCAACAUCAGCGAGGACCGCAGGAUGAAGCUCUACUACGCCAUCGGCUGGGGACUACCUGUUCUGAUAGUCGCUGUAACAUUGGCCAUAUCAGUGGACAAGUACAAGGCGGAUGAUCACUGCUGGCUCAACGUGAAGACCGACACCAUCUGGGCCUUUGUGGGACCAGUCGUGUUUGUCUUGGCGGUCAAUGCGGUGGUGCUGUGUCGGGUUGUCAUGGUGACCGUUUCCAGCGCUCGCCGGCGUGCUAAGAUGCUCAGUCCAAGCUCGGCAUCAAAGAUGCAGACCUUUGACCUCACCUGGGCCGUGACCCGUCCGGUCCUCAUCCUGCUGCCCGUCCUGGGCCUGACCUGGCUCUGUGGGGUGCUGGUCCACCUCUCCGUGGUGGUCGCUUACGUCUUCAUCGCUCUGAAUUCCUUCCAGGGUCUGUAUAUCUUCCUGGUCUACGCUGUUUACAACAGUGAGGUGAGGAAUGCCAUAAAGAGGAUCAGAGAAAAGAGAAAGGCCUUAUCUUUCACGAACUGCUCCCAGCCCACCAGCUUCCUGCCCUCCCAGAGGGCCCCGGUCACCUCGUGGGGCCGCGCUCCGCCCACGCCCUCCAGCCCGGAGACCAGCGAGACCUCGGGACCCACCAGCUCCACCUCCACGUCACUGGUCAUCAAGAACGAGAGUUUCAGAAAGGAGAGCUUUGUCAGUUUCUCUUUGAAACCAACAACAGGAACCCAAGUGGUGCAGCUCACAGGAUUCAAGCCUUCAGGUAUUCAUGUAAUUUUUUCUUCGGAUUAA